AUGGCCGGCGGCGAUAUUCUCCUCCGCACCCACGGCGGCCUCCCCGUCCUCGCCAGGGCCUCCCCUCGCAGCCUCCGCCUCCGUCUUACAGCCAGCGGCCGUCGAGCCCCUUCUUCCCUGGCCGCCGCCAAGGUCGACAUCGGCGACGUCGUCAGCCAGCUCCGGUCGGGAAGCGCCCGCGGCGCGGCCGACCCGAAGAGGCAGCGGAGGGUCUCGGAAGGCAGACUUGCGUUUCCCAGGGUUGUCACGAGCAGGAUAAGGGGUGCCGAGGAGGAAGGGGAAGGGGAGGCUCCGCAAUUGGACGCGGAGAAGAUUGGCGGCGAGGCGGGUGGCGUGGAUGGCUCCUACCUCAGCGAGACACGGUUUGAUCAGUGUGCUAUUUCUGAAUUAUCACUGAAAGGCGUCAAAGAUGCUGGAUAUGGAAGGAUGACCCAGGUGCAGGAGGCAACUCUGCCAGUAAUCCUUCAAGGGAAAGAUGUUCUUGCAAAAGCGAAGACAGGAACAGGAAAAACCGUUGCCUUUUUGCUGCCAGCCAUUGAGGUUCUCUCUAAAUUACCCAGUUCUCAACGGAGUCAGUUGCGGUCGUCUAUAAAUUUGCUUGUGAUGUGCCCUACUAGAGAGCUUGCAAACCAAGUCGCUGUUGAGGCCAAAAAGCUUCUCAAGUAUCAUCGCUCGCUAGGUGUUCAGGUUGUAAUUGGUGGCACAAGAAUAACUCAAGAGCAACGUAACAUGCAGGCUAACCCGUGUCAGAUUCUUGUUGCUACACCUGGAAGGCUUAAGGAUCAUCUUGAGAACACACCUGGUUUUUCUACUCGGCUCAAAGGGGUGAAGGUUCUUGUUCUUGAUGAAGCUGACCGCCUACUUGACAUGGGAUUCAGAAGAGAUAUUGAAAAAAUUAUGGCUGCCACUCCUAAAGACCGUCAGACACUGCUGUUUUCUGCUACUGUUCCAGAAGAGGUCUGUCAAAUUUCUCACGUAGCAAUGAGGAAGGACUAUAGGUUCAUUAACACCGUUAAAGAGGGUGACGAGGAGACACAUUCACAGAUGUAUAUGAUCGCACCACUUGAUCUGCACUUCUCUAUAUUAUAUGAUGUACUGAAGAAGCAUGUCGCAGAUGAUGCGGACUACAAAGUGAUUAUAUUCUGUACUACUGCAAUGGUCACGAAACUUGUUGCUGAAGUUCUCUCCCAGCUGAAACUGAAUAUAAGAGAGAUUCAUUCCAGAAAGUCACAAUCUGCAAGAACUAAGGUCUCGGAUGAAUUCAGAAGGUCAAAGGGUGUGAUAUUAGUUAGUUCUGAUGUAUCUGCCCGUGGUGUUGAUUAUCCUGAUGUCACCCUUGUCAUACAGGUUGGGAUUCCUGCUGGUAGAGAACAGUAUAUACAUAGAAUUGGUAGGACAGGACGGAAAGGCAAGGAAGGGCAGGGCCUCUUACUGUUGGCUCCCUGGGAAAGCCAUUUUCUUACCAGCGUGAAAGAUCUGUCGGUAUCAGAGGCUGUGACGCCUUCAGUUGAUUCAAGCACUCAAACAGAAGUGAAAGGUGCACUCAGAAGAGUAGAGAUGAAGAGCAAGGAAUCAGCAUAUCAAGCAUGGUUAGGGUACUACAACUCAAACAAGACCAUUGGUGGUAACAAGUCCAGACUUGUUACUCUCGGCGAAGAGUUCAGCCGGAGCAUGGGACUUGCGGCCCCACCAGCCAUACCCAAGCUCAUUCUUCGUAAGAUGGGUCUUAGCAAAGUUCCUGGCUUUCGAUCUACAUAG